UAAGACUUGUGUAUUAUAUCUUUAUAAAUUACAGUAGGGGGUACAAUAUCCACUAUAUAUAAAACACAAGCAGUGAUACAAGUGUCAGUACAUAAAGUAUAGGAGAGUAUAACAGACAGACAUGUACAAACAUUGAGUUCUAAUCCUCAGUCUCUUAUUACAGUCUCGCUAUUUCACUCUGUAGCCUCGGCACAUUUAUUAUUAAUUACACGGGAAUCAGACGCUCAGUCUCAUAUAACUGAUCUCUCUCCUCUGCACUUGUCUAACCGGAUCAGCGCUCACACAAUAAUGCGCUUACAGCCACGCCCCUCCAAUACGUCACAGCCACGCCUCUCCCCGCCCAAAGCUUAGCACUCCCCGCCCUCUCCCCGUGUCACACAGUGUCAGUGUCUGUAGCCGGUGAUGGGCAAAUCCCCUGACCCGUUACACAGCCCCGCCCCCACACACUCACAGCCUGCCAUUAACCCGUUACACUCACACUCUCCUCCUUGGGGGGAGGAGUUAGAGAAGGGGCGGGGCCCCGCGGGGCUUUUACUUUCGUUUCUUACCGGGGACGGAAAAUCCCUGGGUAGCGCGGGACUGGGGAGUCGGUAAGUGGGGCCCGGGACUCACAGCAGUUCCAGUGAGACUGCACAGCCGACACCAUGAGUUGCUACAAGAGGGGGUUGCGGGUCUGCGGGGUCCCUGGACAUUUGUUCGAAGAGGAGCUUCUCAGAGACAAACUUCUGAUUCAUUUCUUGCGCCCCAAAAACCAGGGGGGUGAAAUUCAGAACCUGCAUUACCCCACAAAGGACGAAGGAGUUGCCAUACUGACUUUUGAAGAGGAAGAAGUGGCGGAACGGAUCUUAAAGACACAGCAUUUGCUCGAUGUGAACGGACAGUUGUUUCCGCUGGAAGUGAUGCGCCUCCAGUUCUCCAUGCCUGUGAUAACCUCCCUGGAUCUAAGUCGUUUAAAAAACAAAAAACUCCUGGUGGAUUUAUUUGAGAAGCACAAAGUCAUGAUACUGAAUAAAAGAGAUGAGAUGUUCAUCAUAUCUGCCGAAUUUGAAGAUCUGCGACAACUUAGAAGUGAAAUUAUGGCCACAGUCCUGACAUGUGACACAUCCCCCCUGGGCCAGAGGUCACAGAAACAAAUAUCUGAAUCAGGGCCGGAAUCCCCGGUGAAGGACAAUCUUGGAGUGAAGCCUUCAAGCCAACAACCUUCUGGAAAUGAUAAUAAUGUGGAGAAACCCCAGAGCAGAAGGACAUCAAGCAGGUCUAAUUCCCAGGAGAAACAUCCAAGCAGAGCCAGGAGAAGGGAAGCCAAUAUGGCGCCCACCUUUAGCAAUGCUCAUAUUUUAGGACACAGACCCACAACGGAUUCAGUUGCCCAAGGUUCAAACCCAACAUCAGAAGGUGGAAUGUCCUUUAAAACAACAAGGGACCCAAUAGUGAGAAUGAACAAUGACUCUGCCUCACAAAUGCUGAGUGACCUCAACCUCGGCUCUUCCACCAACAGGGGCCAACCUUCUAUUGAAGCCACCAGAACUACCAGGAAUCCAUCAGCCAUUACAAAAGACUUUCCUUCUCAAGCGUCCCUCGUGAAAAGCUUCUCUGUGGAUAACGAUGUCCUUUACUAUAUUCGCAUUUUUGAGACGGAGCGUGUCGAUGAGGUGCUCAAGAGAUGUGCAGUUAAUAUACAAGUGGCUGAGGGUGAGGAUAUUUCCAAUGUCACCCUAAAAUCCCAGUCCCCCUCCUUAAAAUUGCUCUUUUCAGAUUGUUGUGAUGAAAUAUUACAGAUUUUCAGUGAAUGGCAGAGCAAUCUAAGGACUGAAGAUCUGGAUCUGACCCAGUUCCCGACUUUGGAAAGAAGAAAAAUGACUGAAAAAAUUCAGCAUCUUGGACGUGCACAUGGUGUUGCCAUUAUUGCUUCUGAGGAUGGGUUACACCUUAUUGGGGGUCCUUCCCAAAUUCACUGGUUAAUAGAUUGGUGGAAAACAAUUAGUCAACCAAGGCCACCAGAUGUCGGUCGAGAAGCUGUGAACACACGGGAAAUACAUUUGCCCCACCCUCCUAAUAUGGGGAGGAGCUACACAGGUGCUAAUGAGAAGAAGACCAACCAUGGUGACCAGGACAUGACACAAGUCGUAAGGCGGAAGGGCAGUGUAACUGGCAGUCAUCAAUCUGGCGACUCUAUGAGACGUGAAACCAGCACCGAAUCCAGUUCAGUUUCCUCCAGAACCAAUAGUUACGCCCACGGUAUUACUCACCCCAAACCAUAAACAAACAGAUAGAGGCAGAGCCCUAAAUGUGACAAUGUAGAACUUUUUAUAUCAUUCCCACACUUAAAGGGGCACAGUCAUGAUUUUUAUGGUGUUGGUUUUAUUUCUAAAUGACACUGUUUACACUGCAAAUAAUUCACUGUACAAUAUAUAAUUUCAUCCC